AUGACAAAUGAGGACAAUCGCACAGAUCCGGACAAUCCUGCCCCGACAGUCGAUGACGCCUGUAGAGAUCAAGUGGAGUACACCCCUCCCUCCCAACCCGUGUGGACAGCGCCUUUCGGAAGCGAGCAGGUCACAGCCCUGGGAAUCCAGCCUGGAGACAACGUGCCAUCUGGAAAUCCGAAGAGAAGAUUUUCCAAACAGAUGGGGAUGAGUAUCUUCCACAUCCUGAGUGCAAUAAUUCAUUUUUCUGUUGGAAUCUGGCUGUUGGCUAUCUCCCAGAAUUUCCACCUGGUAGCUCUGAAAUCUUGGUAUCCAAUCUGGGGAGGCCUCUCGUAUUUCCUUUCUGGAGGCUUUUCAGUGAUGGUAGAGAAAAUUCCCAACCUGGUUCUGAAACUUUUUUGCUUGGUGAUGAACAUUUUUAGCAUCUUCUGUGCCCUGUCUGGAGUCUUUGUAUUAAUUAAGGACCUAUUUCUGGAGAACACAUUUCCUCUAUGGACUCUGUAUCCCUUUUACAUAUUACAUGUUCAGCAGCUUGAGAUAAUCCUGAUGAUCUUCUCAGCUCUGGAAAUCAUGCCAGCAAUCUCAAUGGUCAUUUUCUCAUGCACAAUCAAGAACCACUCAUCUGAUGAUUUGGAAACUUCCUUUGUAAACGCUGGGGAGACACCCGCUGAGGACACCACAAGACGUGUAGACCCUCCGCCGUCUUAUGAAGAAGUGUUCGGGCAGGAAGGGAGGGACAUCAACGAUGGAGCCUGUACCCCCGACAGCCCUCCCUUGCCAGAAACUCGUGUGCAUGAGGGGGGACAAGCCAUUGUUGCUGGGAUGUCGCCUCUGAGUGAUUUGCUGAAUUCUCAUACGGAGUUCAAAACGAAAUAG